AUGGCACAAGUAACGCGAGGACCAGUCAAACAUAGCCUGGUGGAUGGUGGGGAACAGGACCCCAGUGGAUCUGGAAGAUCUGGCAGCAGCGAAAGUGAAAGUGACAGUGAAAGUGACAGUGAUAGUGAUAGUGACAGUGACAGUGACAGUGACAGUGACAGUGACAGACCAAUGGUGAAGCCGGUGUUUCUCUCCAAAUCCAAGAGACAACCCGGCCAAUCCCCCCAGGAGGACACCGACAGGUUGAAGAGAAUCACCUUAUCCAAGGCAGAGCAUUCGUUGCAGGCGGACGAAAAGGAAGUCAAGGAGGACCAAUUCGACGGAAUACAGGACACGGACGACGUGAACCCUGAAGCAGAAUAUUUAGAGUGGAUGCAGCGAGAGUACCAACGCUACCAGCGAGAUCGAUCGACGCUUAAGCUGGAAGAAGACGAAAAAGAUGCCUUGGUUAGACGAAGAUUGAAUCUCGAGGUGCCCAGUGUGGAUGAGCCCAGUGCUGAUGGGUCCACUUUCCAAUUGGAUCUCCCAGUCAAAAGACCGCACCCCCCGGCAAAACCCUCUCGUCCUACUAAGCUCAAACUUAAAAAGUAG